CGGUAGAGAGAGAGAGAGAAUAGUCAAAGGAGCAGCAGAGUGUUGCAGCGCAGCAGUUGGUAUUUGUAUUUUGGUAAUGAUUUCGUGCGGAGAAGAAGAUCAGAUGCCUCGUGAUAUUCCUUUUCUUUUCAAUUCCCCUUUUGCUUUGCCGUAUUUCCUCCCCUUCACUCCAUACAUUCAUACAUAUACAUAGAUAGAAGGGGCGAGAAUUCCUUCCUUUUGUUCCCUUCGAUUAAAGCAGGUCGCAAUUGAAGUAUCCCAAUCCUCAGGUGCCACUAAAUCAAAUUUCCUCGAUCGACAAUCAGAAUGGGCAGCGGCAUUGGGAGGAAUAAUGGCGUCAGGCAGUACGUAAGAUCAAAGGUUCCUCGCCUGCGAUGGACUCCCGAUCUCCACCACUGCUUCGUCCACGCCGUUGACCGCCUUGGCGGCCAAGACAAAGCAACACCUAAACUGGUUCUUCAAUUGAUGGAGGUGAGAGGCCUCACCAUAUCUCAUGUCAAAAGCCAUCUACAGAUGUACAGAAGCAUGAAGACUGAAGCUUCCAGACAAGUUUCAAAUGUGUUCCCAGAGAUGAGCAUUUCACAGCAAAGGAAACACUGUUGCGAUGAACAACACCAGCUGAUGUUUCUCUCUCCUGCAAAAAGUUAUAAUUACAAAUGUUGGGUGUGUAGAGCGAGAGUGGGGAAAGUGGAGGAAUGCAGCCAAAGGAAUCCGUACGGAGAUGAUGAUUACAUGGGUGAGAAACUUGGAAUAAUAAAAGAUAAACAAAAUGAAAACCCUUCUUCUGCCGAUGUACUGCUCCUGCAUUCUGACUUUUUCAAGUUGCAGAAGGGGAUAUGCAAGAUGGAGCAGUUUAGUAGUGGGAAUGAAGAUGGAUGUGAAUUGUCUCUGUGUCUGGCUUCUCCCAAUAAUCCAAUUGCAGAUCACCUUCAGAAAAGUAAUGUGUCUGUGUCUUGUACCACUGAGAUUAGUGAUGCCAUUUCUUCUAUUUCUUCCCAUGAAUUCCCUGGAAUUAACCUUGAUCUAUCCAUUGCUUGACAUUCCUUUAAUCAAAUUUUCUUUUUCUUUUA